UUUCAUCUUACAAGGCCGAAAAUUAAUGCACCCAACUACUUACAAUUUACAAAACUCUAUAAACCAUUUUCAAAUAACCCACGGAAUAAACACAUCCACAAAAAUUAUAGAGAGAGAAACCAAGCGUAGAAAUAAUUUGACCAAUUACUGAAUUCCAACUCCCUCUCUCCACUCCUCAAUGGCUGCACUCGCUUCCACGUUCUUCGCCAUCACUCCGAAAGCAUCGCGCUCGAAUUCAAUCCCCAAAUUACCGCUCGCGAGAUCCCUGUCUCAGUUCAAUCGAGCUACUUUGAUCACUCCGAUCAUCGUUUCCGCUUUCCGCGACAAGUUUGUUCCGAGCAAUUCCACCUCGGAGCUCGGUUCCAGCAAUGGGCUGAAGAAGCUCGUGGACUCGCUGUUCGUGCUCUGCACUUCGGUCGCUCUCUCGGCGACGCUGUUCGUCGCCGAUGUUGAUUCGGCGUCGGCUUUCGUAGUUACUACGCCGCGGAAGUUGCAGUCCGAUGAGUUGGCUACAGUUCGUCUCUUUCAAGAGAACACUCCUUCUGUUGUUUACAUUACUAAUCUAGCUGCGAGGCAGGAUGCCUUUACGUUGGAUGUGUUGGAGGUGCCGCAAGGAUCAGGAUCUGGAUUUGUAUGGGACACGCAGGGCCACGUUGUCACAAAUUAUCAUGUGAUUCGUGGUGCAUCUGAUCUCAAGGUCACUCUUGCAGACCAGAGUACAUACGAUGCAAAAGUUGUUGGGUUUGAUCAGGAUAAAGAUGUUGCUGUUUUGAGUAUCGAGGCACCAAAAGGCAAGUUGAGACCAAUACCAAUUGGCGUAUCCGCGGAUUUGCUUGUUGGUCAAAAAGUAUAUGCAAUUGGAAAUCCUUUUGGACUUGACCAUACGCUUACAACUGGUGUUAUCAGUGGGCUCCGGAGAGAAAUCAGUUCAGCUGCAACUGGCCGUCCAAUCCAGGAUGUCAUCCAGACAGAUGCUGCAAUUAAUCCAGGCAAUAGUGGGGGACCACUGAUUGACAGUGCAGGCAAUCUUAUUGGAAUAAACACAGCUAUAUAUUCUCCCUCUGGUGCUUCAUCUGGCGUGGGCUUCUCUAUUCCAGUUGACACAGUAAGCGGCAUUGUUGAUCAAUUGGUCAAGUUUGGUAAAGUCACCAGACCAAUUUUGGGGAUUAAGUUUGCGCCUGAUCAGUCAGUGGAGCAACUAGGAGUUAGUGGGGUUCUUGUCCUGGACGCUCCUCCAAAUGGGCCAGCAGGCAAAGCAGGUCUUCAAUCAACAAAACGUGAUGCCUAUGGACGACUUAUUUUAGGUGACAUAAUUACAUCCAUUAACGGAAAGAAAGUUGCAAAUGGGAGUGAUUUGUACAGAAUCCUCGACCAAUGCAAAGUUGGUGAUAAGGUCACAGUAGAAGUACUUCGUGGUGAUAAAUUGGAAAAGAUUCCUGUACUCCUUGAACCAAAGCCUGACGAAUCCUGAUGUAGCAAGCGUUGUAAAUUGUAAUUCAUAUUUAUAUUCAUAUUGCAAGUGGAUAUUGUUAUGUUAUAUCUGAUUAGCCCUCAACGUUGUACAUAAUCUCGGAAUGAAACUACUGCGUUCAAAGCGCUAUCUCAAUACUGUAAAGCUAUAAUCCUUAUGAAGGAGAUGCAUUUGCCUGUA